AACUGCGAGGUGGAAAGCUUCAGGUUACCCGCUUUUCUGAAACUAUUUAUUCGAGAGGGGCACAAGAGAGUUCUUAUGUGAACACAGGUCUUGUUCUGUAAGGCUGUGUAUGCAAGUGUGACAGGAAACUACAUAUCCUCUGCUAUGGCCUCUGUGACAUCCUCCAGCCGCAGAUCCUCCUCAUCCUACCGCUCGUCGUCACGCUACAGCAGCUCCAGCUCCUACCGGUCCGAGGGCUCGCUGGGCGGAUCCUCGGACUGUCUGGAGCCGCUCUUUGAGCCCUUCCUUGACUCCCCUGAUCAUUCCAGUCUGUUUGGAGAAGAGGGCCCCGGGGGACCCAGCUGCUUGGCCCCCUUCAGCCGGCAGAACAGAUCCUCCUUUGGACACGCUGCUCCUGUGUGUGGCGCUGUGACAGGUCGUCAGAGCGGCGCCGGCGGGGGGGUACGUUGUCUUGGAGACAGUUACUACAUGUCCGCUGACGUCAGCCAGUUUGAGUCACAUGACAUCGUGCUCAUGGCCUACAGACAUCAAGUCGUCAUUCACGCCGAGAAGGUAUUGGAUGAUGGCAGCAUCAGCGACACAUUCACCCAUAAGUCCUUGUUCCCGGAGGAUAUGGACCCCCUGUCGGUCAGUGGAACCCUAGACCCCGAUGGCACCCUGGUGGUGUGCGUCCGCCGGUCCUCAGCGCUCAGCGGGCCGGAGCCCCAGGGUGUCCCCACCUACCGCUGUGAAGCUAAUCUCUGAUGAUUGGUCUCAUAGUACUCUCAUGGUUUCUUUUUACAUUAUUACUUUAUUAUAAGGUUGUCAGUGAGGUACACUCAUUGAUAUUAUCUCAUCACAUUAAAUGUUAAUAUGGAUGGAUUAUAAUUUAUAUCCAUGGUGGUGACCCCCCCUGGACUUUUUGCUGGCACCAGUUUGUCGUUUUCCCUUCAUCUUUUGUAAAUCUACCUGGCAGAUUGUUAAGGCUUUUAUUUCAUGGUGUUAUGGUUGAUAAAGGAAAUAAAAGGACGUUUAUUUAAAAAAAAAUAAUAAUAAUCUGUGAGUUUAGUGGAGGGUUUACGUUUUUUCAUGUAAAAAUGUAUCUACUUUACAAUCCCAUUUUUUGCUACCACCACUAGUGGGUGCCAAAGUCGGAAAAUGUACAAUUCAUUCACACAGUACCUUUAAUUCCUUAAUGUGACUUAUCACAGAGUACAGGACCCUCUGAAAGUAGGACACUCAGUUUAGCUCACCGGUUCACACUCUUUCUAUCUUUGUAGUUGACUUAUACAAUU